AGAGGAAAGGAGAGGAGAGAAUUUUAAUACGAGGGGAUGGAAACAAUUUGGUAUACAGAUGAGGCAGAUUUUUCUCUCCAGUGCCACGACUGUGACAAAACAUUCAGAAUAGUGUGGAAAAGGAUUCACAGAUUUGCCACAGAUGAUUCUCUUAUCAGAGAAAUCUCACUGCCCACCAAAAGAGAAGCAACUUGUGUUUAAAGAGAAAAAAGUGAAGAAGAAUUAAUUAAUUUUUUUAAAAACUUUUGGGAUUAUUUGUUAUACGAUUCAGUGAACGCAAUAAUUUAAAUGUUGAUAGAACAAUUAUUUGUGGAAGUGAUAGUGUUGAAUUAAUGGCGAGACUUUCGAGCCAAUUUUUAUUGAAAAAUAGUUGAUCGUUCAUCUCUGUUCUGUUCUGGUUGUUGCAACUGUUGGGGAAUGAACAGAUAAGUGUCUUUAAUGUUUACGAUUUUCGUUGCAUUAUCCAUGAAAUAUCAAUCUCAAUCACAAUGCCAUCUGUUCACUCCUCAACAUUGAUAAGUCAACGUCGAGUCCAUCGCAUAACAAUGUAUUCACCUAAAAUACUCCAAAUAAACAAAUUUUAUAUAUUUGAUCACCAGAUAAAUUCACUGACUCCCCCAGCUCGAGUUACAGCCACCCCCAGCUCUCAUCCAGCCCCAAAAAACUAACACGUAAUGUUGGACACAAUAGCCCAUUCCUCCCCUGCUGAGUACCGAGUGGUUGUGGUCUGCAAGCCAUCAGGCGAGAAGACAACCUCCCUGAUCCUCGGUGACAAAGAAAUAGCCCGAAACAUCCCCCUGAUGUUGCCAACUAAAGAUCCACUCUGCACUCGUGAACAGAUGAUGGAGGCAACAGUCGAGUGCCCCAUUUGUCACCGUAAAUUUGCUGAUCGUGCUGCUGUCGACAAGCACACAUCGUCAGCCCACAAAUCCGCCUACAAAUGCAAGCACUGUGACACAUGUUUCUUCACUCAACAAGCACUAGACCAGCACAUGGCGACGCACAAGCAUCCCCUGGUGUUUCCCUGCCCCCAGUGCAAGAAAAAAUACAAGAGACGAGAUGGCCUCAAUCUCCACAUUGUCAGGGCACACAGCAAGAUCGAGGCGAAAUUCACCUGCGACGACUGUGACAAAUUAUUUCAACUCAAAGCUGAUCUACUUGCCCACAUGAGUCGUGCCCACAUGCUGCAGGAGUGCAGAUUUUGCCACAAAAUUGUCAAAGACCUGAAGAACCACGAGGACGCACACAAGAAGAAAAAUGCUGACAUUAUCGAUGAGAACUGCGAUCUCUGUGGGCAGAGAUUCAGGUCAAAAGCCAGGUACGACACUCACCGGAAAAAACACAAGGACGGGAGGAAUCUUGAGUGCAAAGAGUGUGGACUCGUUUUCCCGGGGCAUCGUGCCCUCAUCAAUCACAGGGACAGGGAGCACAGGUCGGGGACAACAUGUGAAAUAUGCAAGAAAGUUUUCUACUCGAUUACCAAUUACUAUCAACACGUUCUCGUUCACGCUGGCAUAAAGCCGUACAAGUGUGACGUUUGCUCAGAGAAUUUCAGCCAGAGAACGAGCUUGAAGAGACACAGGGAGAGGCACGAGGGACCACUCCCACCAUUCGACGAAGUUACCAGGAUUGCACACCUUGCGAAGGAGUAUCUUGAUACGUUAUAAGUGUUUUUGGGAUUAAUAAAUUGGAUGACGUUUAACGAAGUUCACAAAGUGUGGUUAAUUAUUUUUGUUUAUGAAGAGAUAGAGAUGAAGAGUCUGUGGGAAAUUGUGGAAUUGUUCGUUUUGUUUUUCAAUCCUCGAGUGCUUGAGAUGUAUCAGUAGAUUGGACGUUGGUGUAACCUGUCCCUGUGAACUCUAUGAACCACCUGAUCGAAGUUCUAAUUUCAUUGCAGAUGCCAGGACGAUUUAGUCCGUGAUAACGAGCCUCUCGCAACCAGAAUAUCCCAGCAGUCACCAAAAACCGA